ACCUUCGGGAACAUCUCAUCUAAGCAUACACAACGAGUUAGAGCUCCAGAGAAACCUCUCGAACCUCCCGAGAUCCCCAGCGAUCACGAACUCGAUGGAUCAGGUGACGAAGUUGGCGUCGGAGCGGGCGGUGGUGGUGUUCACCUCCAGCAGAUGCAGCAUGUGCCACUCCGUGACGUCCCUCCUCACAAACCUCGGCGUCAACGCCGCCGUGUACGAGCUUGACAAGGAACAGCGGGGCAGGGAGAUGGAGAGAGAACUCGCUAGGAGGCUCGGCCGAGGCCCGCCCGUGGUGCCAGCGGUGUUCAUCGGCGGGAACCUCGUCGGUGGCACCAACAGGGUCAUGGCGCUGCACCUCGCCAGCGAGCUCGUCCCCAUGCUCAAGAACGCCGGCGCGCUCUGGCUCUAGUGAAAGAAGACGUGCUUGCUCAGUAUGCAAUGCUAGCCUUUUGACAGUAUGGAAUAAUAAGACAUGUAACAGGGAAACCGCCUUAGAAGGCCAGGUUUUUUAUUAUCCUGUGCCGGCUGCAUGGCAAGAAGGAAAAUUAAGCUAGUAGUUAUGUAGUACUUCUUUUGUUGUUACUUAAGGUUUUAGCCCCGUUCUGGGUUCUUUUAUUA